AUGGCCGACCAGAACCCCAGCGAUGCUGCCGCCCCCGGCGCUGCUGCCCCCCAAACCCUGCCUGACCGCACUCAACCCCCCGCCGAUAACGCGAAUGAGUCUAAGAAUGCCGCCAAGAAGGCCGCAAAGGCUGCCAAGAUGGCUGCAGACAAGGCCGCAAAGGCCGCAAACAAGGGAAACGCUAAGCAGGAGCCCAAGAAGGCCCCUAAGAAGAAGGUUGAGGGCGCUGCUUUGAUCGGAAUUGAUGUCUCGAAGGAGGAGGAUUUCCCUGGAUGGUACUCUCAGGUUCUCACCAAAGGUGACAUGCUUGACUACUAUGAUGUGUCUGGCUGCUUCAUUCUGAAGCCCGCCUCGUACUUCAUCUGGGAGGAGAUCCAGCAAUACUUCAACCUCCGUAUCAAGAAGAUGGGUGUGAAGAACUGCUCCUUCCCACUCUUUGUGUCUGAGGAUGUGCUGCAGCGUGAGAAGGAUCACAUUGAGGGAUUCGCUGCUGAGGUCGCCUGGGUGACUCAUGCUGGAUCUACCCCUCUCGAGAAGAAGAUUGCCAUUCGUCCCACCUCUGAGACUGUCAUGUACCCCUACUACGCCAAGUGGAUUCGCUCUCAUCGCGACCUGCCUUUGCGCCUGAACCAAUGGAACUCCGUUGUGCGAUGGGAGUUCAAGAACCCCCAGCCCUUCCUGCGAACCCGUGAGUUCUUGUGGCAGGAGGGCCACACCGCUCACUUGACCGAGGCUGCUGCUCGUGAGGAGGUGCUCCAGAUCCUGGACUGGUACGCUGAUAUUUACUCUGAGCUCCUUGCUGUCCCUGUCGUCAAGGGUCAGAAGACUGAGCGUGAGAAGUUCGCCGGAGGUCUCUACACCACUACUGUGGAAGGCUACAUCCCCGCCACUGGCCGUGGUAUCCAAGGUGGUACUUCCCACGGUCUGGGCCAGAACUUCAGUAAGAUGUUCAACAUUACCGUUGAGGACCCCUCUGCCAAGCCUGAUGAGAAGAAGCCUGCCCUCAAUGUCUGGCAGAACUCCUGGGGUCUGUCGACCCGUACCCUGGGUGUCAUGGUUAUGAUCCACAGUGACAACAAGGGUCUUGUUCUGCCCCCUCGCAUCGCUGAGACCCAGGUUGUCAUUGUUCCCGUCGGUAUUACUGCCAAGACUACUGAUGAGGAGCGUGAGAAGCUUAACGCCGAGGUUGACGGCCUUGUUGCCGUUCUCGAAGCUGCCGGCGUCCGCGCCGAAAGCGACAAGCGCACUGAGUACUCCCCCGGCUGGAAGUUCAACCAGUACGAACUCCGCGGUGUGCCUUUGCGCCUGGAGUUCGGCCCCGGCGAGUCUGCCGGCCACUUCGUCACUACCGCCCGACGUGACAUCCCUGGAAAGGAUGGCAAGGGCUCUAUCCCCAUUCCCGAGCUGGCUACUGCCGUCCCUGCUCUCUUGGACACCAUCCACAAGGAUCUGUACACUCGUGCCGAUGCCGUGUUCAAGGCUCACCGCAAGCAGAUCACUAACUGGGACGAGUUCGUUCCGGAGUUGAACCAGAAGAACCUUCUCAUUGUUCCCUCGUGUCUGACUGAGGAAUGUGAGGAUCAGAUCAAGGAUAUGAGUGCCCGCAAGGCCGAGGAGGACUCUGGUGAAGCUGAGGACUCCAAGGCCCCCUCCAUGGGUGCCAAGUCACUGUGUAUUCCCUUCGAGCAGCCCACUGAGGCCCUUGGUGCCUGCAUCAACCCCAAGUGCAAGAACCCCGCCCAGAAGUGGUGCAUGUUCGGCCGCUCUUACUAA